UCCCAUUUAAAAAAAAAAAAAAAAUAGAAUUUAGAAAUUUCAAAUUCCAGUUUCUUCCUCUCGAUUUCUCUUCAUUUUCUUUUUAAGCUCUCGAGGAAAAAAAAAAAAAAAAUUGUAGUCGGAAAAUGGGUGUGCCGGAAACAGACCUGCUUUCCCAAUUAAGCUUGCCUCCGGGAUUCCGAUUCUAUCCCACAGACGAGGAGCUUUUAGUUCAGUAUUUAUGCCGGAAAGUCGCCGGACACCAAUUCAAUCUGCAAAUCAUUGGUGAAAUCGAUUUGUACAAGUUUGAUCCUUGGGUUUUACCAAGUAAAGCUAUAUUUGGUGAAAAAGAAUGGUACUUUUUCAGUCCUCGGGACCGAAAGUAUCCGAAUGGUUCUCGGCCAAACAGAGUGGCAGGUACUGGGUAUUGGAAAGCCACUGGAACUGAUAAAAUAAUCACCACCGAAGGUCGGAAAGUUGGAAUCAAGAAAGCUCUUGUUUUCUAUAUCGGAAAAGCCCCGAAAGGAACAAAAACCAAUUGGAUUAUGCACGAGUACCGCCUGAUUGAAACAACAAGGAAAAAUGGCAGCUCAAAGUUGGAUGAUUGGGUUUUGUGUCGGAUUUACAAGAAGAACUCGAGCGCUCAGAAACCCAUGUCGAAUUUGUUAAACAAAGAACAUAGCAGCAACGGCUCGUCGUCUUCGUCUUCGUCGCACCUCGACGACGUACUUGAGUCGCUGCCUGAGAUCGAUGAUAGGUUUUUCAAUUUGCCUCGUAUGAAUUCGCUCAAGAAUCUACAUCUACAUCAGGACGACAAACUGAACAAUUUUCAGAACCUGGGUGGUUCGGGUAAUUUCGACUGGGCCAGUCUCGCUGGGCUUAACCCGGUGCCGGAUUUUGUUCCUGGGAACAAUAACCAAACCCAGGGGCAACAAUGUCACGAACCGAUUCAUUUCAACAAUAAUAAUGACAUCUAUGUCCCUUCGAUCCCGGCUAUUUGCCACGUGGACUCGCCGUUGAAGAGGCACGCUCCUAACUCGGUCAAUGAAGAGGUUCAGAGUGGACUCAGAACCACUCAGCGGGUCGACUCGUCGGGUUUCUUCCAGCCCAACUCCAACAGUAUUUUGAACCAGAACUUCUCCAACUCACAGCUCGACCCGUACGGUUUCGGUACCCGACUCAUACGACCGGGUUUGGAUUCAGGCAGUGAAAAAUGUGGAAAACAAGAAAAACAGGAGGCUAGGAGUGUAAUUCAAUGGGAGCAAUGAAAUUGAAGUGCAUUCCUGUAAAUACUUGGGAUUCUUUGGGCUACCAUUUUCGCUUUAGAUACCAAAUAGUGGAAGUAGGGAAGGUUUUUUUUUUUUUUUUUAAAUAUAUUUCAAUUGUUCACGGAAUGGAUGAACACCAAGGUUGAAACAACAGAAAAAUUGGGGCAAAGUGAUAAAUUUGGCUACCUAUUUUUGCAUGUUAGGGCACAAAUUCAAGAGCAUCUCUGUAAAAUUCAAUUGAAGAUUAAUUAUAUAUGUAUUCCAGUUUAGGUAUUCAAA